AUGGAAAAUUACGAGGAGUCUGUUUCAUUUUUGGGGACCUGGGGCUCGUUUCAGAGGAGGGUCUUCUUCUUGCUCUGUCUCACCUCCGUUCCCAGUGGAUACAACAUCCUUUGUGUCAUGUUCCUGCUGGCGAGCCCCUCACAUCACUGCCACAUCCCCGUCCACAGCAACCUGAGCCAGGACUGGAUCCAGGCAAUCAUCCCAGUGCAGGUCAGAACCAGCCAGAAACUAUUCCAGGUUUAUGAGGCUCAGUUUGACUUUAUGAGGAGUUUUUUAUGUCUUUUUAAAAUCUAAAAUAACACUGCUACAUUUUUAUGGCUUUAUUGCUGUAUUGUUUGAGCGCCGCUAAUUGUUUAUCUAAUUUAUCAAUAACAUGUUUUUUUAGCAUAAUGCGUGAAAGACAGUAAGCCUGGUAAGUUAGAAAGCUCUCAUUUGGUUAUGCAACUGCUGUUCAAACUAGGUAAGGAUGAUAUGUGGAAAUGCCAUCAGCUAAUGAUUUAGCUUCAGAAGCAGGUUGAAGCUGGUCUAGUUUAUAUGUAAGUGUCUUUUUUUGGAUUCCUGCGCUGUUGUUACAUCAGCAAUAACAACCUUGUUUCCUGCUCAGAUGGAGGCCGGGCAACUGGGCCAGAGCAGCUGCAGCCGGUAUGAUCUGGAGCAGGUACAGAAUCUGUCUGCACUAGGACACACACCCAGCCUGGGUCCAGCCCACAACCUGUCAGAGCUUGGAUCAGGUCCAGAGGUCUUGCUGUCCACUCUGAAGCAGGAGAGCUGUACAGAUGGGUGGGAGUACAGCACAGAGUACUACGACUCGACUGUGGUCACUGAGGUACAGCUGAUACUCCUGAUACAAAAGUUCUGAUACAUUUCAUCAAAGUUGUGUAGAACUGUGUCCAUCAGUGAGCCCUCCUUUGCUCUAUUGUACAUUACUGUUUACACACUGAUCAGACAAGCUUCAGCCUGUUAAACAUUCAGAGGUUAUGACCUCUCAGGGGCCACCAAUCAUUGACUGCAGGAAGUUGCUGAUGGAAACUGGACCUGAGCCGAUCAGGGUCACCUGGUUAUUUCCUCCAUCUGUACUGUGCUCAGCAGCUACCACAGUUUCACUCCUAAAUUCAUGAUUUGACUUGAUGAAAUAGAUUUGAAAUCCCCCCAAAAUCCCCAAAAGCUCCUUGAGUUUUUAGUUUCUGUUUAUCCUGGGUUCCCAGAUUUCCUAUUGCUGCAUAUUUUUGACCUAUUUCUUAUAUGACUUAUAUCUUUCAGUUUAACCUGGUGUGUAACGACCAGUGGAAACAGCCUUUGGCCUCCCUUGCUUACUUCCUCGGAGGAUUGAUUGGGUGCAUGGUGUCUGGACAAAUCUCUGACCGGUACUUUUGAAUUUCUCUUAAAACUGUGCCCCCUCUGCUCCCCUUUUCAGCUGCUAUGAAGUAAACAAAAUUGUAAAAUGUUCUUGGUUGUCAACUUUGAUCUAAGUUGGCACCAACUACGGUGCUGAAAGUAAAUAAACUUUUCUCGGUUUGCUUUAAACUUGAACAACUAUCUAACAACUAUCAUGUAAUGUUUGAAUACUGGAACCAACUAAGUGUUUCUUUAGUGCCAAACAGAACUGUUGUUUGUAUAUAUUCCAGGUUUGGAAGGAAGCCUGUUCUCUUCAGCGCCAUGGCCAUGCUCAGUGUUUUCAGCAUCGCAAUUGCUUUUGCUCCAUCCUGGCCUGUCUUCACCUUUCUCUUUUUCAUGAUGGGUUUGGGUCAGAUGGCCGGCUACAUAGCUUUGUUUGUGCUUGGUAUGGGCCUCACUUUUUUAUGGUCAUAUAAAUGCUAUAGAACAGGACCAGUAUAGUAAAAAUUUCUAUGAUGCUUGGUUUAUGUCCCUGACUUUAUAAAAAAUUUUCAUCCCCAGGUUCAGAGGUCCUGGUCGGUUCACCCAGAGUUUUCUUCUCUGGCUUCGGCUUGCCUGCCUUCUAUACGGUUGCUAUGGUGCUGCUGCCGGGCACUGCCUACCUGGUCAGGAGCUGGAGACACCUGUCCCUGAUUAUGACUGUGCCAGGUCUCGCUUGUUUGCCUUUCUGGUGGUAAGAGGACCUCAACACACCGUGGUAGAGGUCAAAUUAGUCAUCAUCCAGUUGAUCAAUUUUCCCAAGAUAUUUUUACUUGGGUGCCAUUACAAUACAGCAUCAUAGAAUACAGACUACGAAGAGUCGGCAUUGAUCGUAUUUACACAGCAGCCAGAGUGUUGUCUUACUGUUUUACCAGUAAGCAGCAAAAGUAACAUAGGCUAAUUGUUAAGUCACUUUCCUUUACACAAUCUCAAAUGUAGCAGGAGUCAAUCAUUACAACAGUCUGACAUUAGAGAAAAUAACUGCUGUGUAAAUGUGGUGAAUUAAAAAGUCAGAAGCUGUAAAUAACUCAGAUUCAGGGACCUAAGUCAUCCUGCAAAUAUAACCAACAAAUCUUUAUGUACUCGGUUUUUGUUAAUGAUCUAUUUUAUCUUGUCUACCCACCAGGCUGAUCCCAGAGUCUCCUCGCUGGUUAGUGUCUUGUGGACGUUUCCAGGAAGCGGAACUCAUACUGAGAUCGGCAGCUUUGGAAAACCGAGUAGAAGCUCCACAGGUCAUUUUCAUCUCAGCCAAGGUACAAAAGAAAUCGUUGAACUCCAGGGUUGUCACGACAUUUGAAGACAGUAGCAGUAGUACUGGAGUUUGUGUUUCUUCACAGGUUGAAAAGGCAGAGAGCCAGGAGGUGGAGUCUCUGAGCUUCCUCGACCUGCUGAGGACAAAAAACAUUCGACAAAUCACACUAAAGCUGUGGCUGAUCUGGUGAGUCAAAGUGCUUCUCUGUCUUAGAAAGCAGGGCAGAUAGUUUGGCCUCUUAUAUGAUUGAUUUAGCUUGGAAAGAAAAUGUAAAACAAGAAAACAAAUCAUCUAUUCACGUUGCAACUUUAUUCAAUAAGAUUCAUAAGGAUUUAUAAUUGUUCCUAGGUUUAAGUGUAGUUCUUUUGUCAUUUGCAGGUUUUCUUUGAGUGUCAGCUACUUCGGACUCUCAUUCAACCUGUCCAGUCUCUAUGGCAGCCCUUUCUUAAACUACUUCCUGUUGUCGAUAGUUGAGCUUCCGGCGUACCUUGCCAGCUGUGUGGCCGCUCGUUGUCUACCUCGCCGCUUGUCCUUUGCUGGCUUCACUCUGGUGGGGGCGCUAGCUCUGCUCCUUAUUCAGAUAACACUAAACAGUAAGUAGAAUCAACACAAAGUCCUCAACCGUGUCUGUCUUAACAUCUUUAUGAAAAUAGAUAUUAAUGUUAUUGGGAAAAGUUAAUAAUUUACAGUAAAUAUUUUUUUUUUGUAUCAACUUUUUUUACUCAUGUUGUAGCAGUGAACCAGUCCUGGUUGAAAAUUAAUAGCGUUUCAAUACAUACAGUAGUCACAAAAUCACAAUAGACAGUUCCCCACAAAUGUAAGAUUAUAAUAAGGAUUGAUGGAAGCAAUUAUACUGGUUCCUUGGGACCUGAACAAUAACACGUCCUUUCUCCUCCUUUCAGGUUAUCCAAAUGUCACCCUGGCUCUUGUGCUGCUGGGUAAAUUUGGUAUUCUUGCUGGCAUUGGGAUAUUGUACAUAUUCACUGGUGAGCUGUCUCCCACGGUCAUCAGGAACACAGCAAUGUCAUCCUCCGCCAUGUUCUCCAGAGUGGGCUCCUCUGUCUCUCCGUACCUGCUGCAGCUAGGUAAGACAUUUUAUUUUCCUUUUUUAAACUAAACUAAAGAGAAAAGCCUGUUUUCCGCACUAUUCUGCUUUGACCUUUGGCCGCCUUUCCACAAUAAUUAAGUUAGUUGAAGCUUGUGGGUGUUACUUUUCACACAGCUCUGUAGUCAAAACCUCAAAACUACCCUGUAAUGCUCCUGCAGGCUUGUGUUAUAACAAAGUUUUAAAGUUUGCUCUCUCUGAUCUGGUUUUGCCUCCAGCUGUGUUCUAUCAGUUCCUGCCGUGGAUCUUGGCGGGAGCUCUGUCACUGCUUAGCGUUCUGCUCUGCUUCCUCCUGCCUGAGACCUUCAGGCAGCCAUUGCCAGACACUAUACAACAGAUGGCAGUCACACAGCGGUCAGUUUACACAACAGACUGUGCACAAAUGUUUACAUACUGGAUAUUGUCUAGCCUUCUGGCAUCAAAAGUGAGGUGCUUUGAAGCUGCAAUCUUUCUAAAGACCAGCAGAGGGCGACCUAUGUGGUUGCAAAAGGGAAUUUAAUUGUUCAGAAAUCAUAUUUCCUUCUUGAUUUAUGUAUCUGAUGCAUUAUUUCAAACAAGUUUAGCAUUUGAAUAUUGAUUAUGCUGGUUUGGAUUCACAACAAUGUUUCAUGUUGAUGUUAUGUUGCCAAUUGUUGUCAAAUAGAAGAUGAAACGAUGUUUGUAUGAUUGACAAGCUGCUUCUCCAAUUUUGGGUUAACAGUAGAUAGUAAUGAGUAAAUACAGCCUGAGCAAUGCAUCUCUCCUUCUCUGGCUUUCAGGUUUAGUUUGCCGUGGACCUCAACACCCCACGCAAAGGAUGAUGGGAAAUCAGCAAAAGAUCAGACAACUGCACCUGAGUGCAUCUGCUCAACGCGCCUUUAAAAGUCCGGGAAAAUAUUGUGUUGUCUACAUCUACGAGAUGAUGAUAGUCCAUCAUGCAGAGAGAGGAUCUGCAGAGCAUCCAGUGAUGCAUUCACUGACACCUCUGUAUAGUAACACAUAAUUGGUGACAGUUUUUCAUCUGUGAAAUCUGUCUCAAACAUCAGGGCCAGACUGCUGUGGCAACAAAGAAACCCACCACCAAGUUUGCCUGAAAAUGAGGAUUUGAAGAAGUUUGUGCUUUUUAUUUCAAAAUCAAUCUAAUGAGAAGUCACAAUAAG